CUAAGGAGGUGCAUUCCUUCUACCUCCGCUCAAGGCCCAUCCUAAAAGGAAGAAAGAGACGAACCCAAAGGACCAGUGAUUGCAGGAUAAACAAAUUAGACUCUCAAUAUGAAUACCCAAAUAAGGUGGUGGAAAUAUACCCCCCUGUUGACAACCACGUGGGCACGCAGGAGGGAGCGGUGACCGAUUUGCGGGGCAGUUCGCGGGGCAUUUCUCAGGCCAGUGUGCGCACUUCUUCGCAGAGUAAUCCGCAGAGUAAUCCGCAGAGUAACCCGCUACGCGAUCCGCGGCGGAACCCGAGGAGUGGCGAAGCGAGGGGGAAGAAAAUCAUCAUCGGGAACUGGAAGUGCUACCUUACAAAGACAGAAGCAUACACACUAAUCGAUACGUUUACGAAAAUCAAAUACUCUCAUCAUGUCGACCUUGUUUUAUCUCCUAACUUAUUGUUCAUGCCAUAUCUCCUGGAAAAAAUUCGAGAAAAUAACUCUAAAAUCUUUGCCUGCUCCCAAGACGUCAGCUUGGCAAGUGGCUUGGGUGCCUUCACCGGAGAAACCACAGCCACUUUAAUUAAGCAGUUUGGGAAUAAAUAUACCAUAAUUGGACAUAGUGAGAGACGCAGAGGUUUUUGCAGUAAUGGGGAGACACUGGAAGAGACAGCGCAAAAGGUGCAUAAUGCUGUGCAAUCCAAGCUGAAGGUUAUCCUAUGCGUCGGGGAUGAUUAUCAAAACGAGAACCGCCCAUUCACGUCAUCCAAGACAAGGAAAUUGCUUUCCCUCAUCAAGCAGGCAGUUCCGAAGGACGACAUGCAAAACAUUAUCAUAGCCCUGGAGCCCAGCUUCGCCGUCGGCACCGGCAACCCCGUGUCGGCUGACUUUUUGAAUACCUGCUACUGGGACAUCAAGCGAAUCCUAGCAGAAGAGGUGGACACGCAAACAAGGGACGCAGUGAAAAUCGUGUACGGUGGAUCGGUGACCAGGCACAACAUGAAGAACUACGUGGAAAAAACACCCGUUGAUGGAUUCCUCAUAGGAAAGGGUUCACUGGACGAGACCUUUAUCGACAUCAUAAAGUACGUUGACCAAUAUUGUGUCUCCAAUGCGU